AAAGGAGGAGGGGGAGGGAAGGGGGGGGAGGGGAGGGAGCGGCGGUUUCCCGGGAGCCGUUCCCGGAGCGACGGGAUCGGGAUCGGGAUCGGGAUCGGGAUCGGGAUCGGGAUCGGGAUUGGGAUCGGGAUCGGGAUCGGGAUCGGGAUCGGGAUCGGGAUCGGGAUCGGGAUCGCCUCUGGAAAAGGGGACAUGGGAUGGCUCCGCCGCCUCCUGAGCCGCUUCUCCGGGAAGGGAUGUUCGGCUCCUGAGGUGUCCCCGUCUCUGCUGAGGAUGAGCGCCGUUCCCGAGCCCCCCGCGCGCCCCCGGAGCUGCUCCUCCCGCAGCCUCCCCGGCACCCCGGAGCCUGCGGGGACGCCGGACACGGAUCCUCGGGAUCCUCGGGAUCCUCGGGAUCCUCGGGAUCAUCGGGAUCAGCGGGAUCAUGAUCGGGAGCAGGAGGAGACGCGGAUCCUCAAGGUUUGCUUCUACAGCAACAGCUUCAACCUGGGCAAGAACUUCAAGCUGGUCAAGUGCUCUGUGGCCACGGAGAUCCGGGAGGUGAUCGGCUCCAUCCUGCAGAGCGGGCGGAUGGGGCCCGAGGUGCGGCUGCCCGCGUGCUACGGGCUGCGGCUGAAGCACGUCAAGUCGGACGAGGAGCACUGGCUGCACCCCGCCCUGACCGUCGGAGAGGUCCAGGACAAGUACGAGUGCCUCCACCUGGAAGCCGAGUGGAGGUACGACCUGCAGAUCCGGUACCUGCCCGAGGAUUUCCUGGAGCGCUUCCGGGAGGAUCGGCCCACGCUGCUCUACUUCUACCAGCAGGUCAGCGCUGCUCCCAAAUUCCAAAUUCCCAAAUUCCCAAAUUCCCAAAUUCCCAAA